AUGGCAGGUGAGUCGGAGGAUGACCUCUUAGCAACCCUGGAAAUCCCCACCGGCGAGCUGAUUCUGGAGUCCAGAGUAGGUACGGGAUGCACAUCAGAGGUCUACAAGGGCAUCUGGACACGCACCCACACUGUCGUCGCGAUCAAACAGAUCAGUGAAGAUGCCAGGAUGCGUUCAGAGCAGCAAUUGGCCUUUGUGCGAGAGAUGAGCGUGUUGACCCAGGUUCGGCACGAGAAUUUGGUACAGCUCUACGGCGUUUGCCUGGACACGCGGCCCUUGCGGAUCGUCACGGAGUUCUGCGGUGGGGGCGCUGCUUUUGAGCUGCUUCAUCAUUCGCCUCAAAUUGACUUAGUUUAUUCACAACAAAUCAAGAUGUGCAGAGAUGUGGCUCGAGCCAUGUGCUACCUGCAUACGUUCAACCCGAUGAUCAUCCACAGAGAUCUGAAAUCAUUGAACCUCCUACUGGACAAGCCAGUUACAGGACCAACAGAUGAGCCCUUGGUGAAGGUCUGUGAUUUUGGCGUGGCAAAAUUUCAGGUCCAGGAUGGAGACUGGGGGCAGAUGACCAAUCAGGCGGGGACCAAGCACUGGAUGGCCCCAGAGAUGUGGACCGGCUCCACCUACGACGAGAAGGUGGACGUGUUCUCCUAUGCCAUGGUGAUCUACGAAAUCAUUUGUCGUGAAGUUCCCUUCGAAGAGGAGGAGCCGACAGAUGUGGGCAAAUACACGGUGGCCGGGAUCCGCCCAGACAUGGAGUUUGGGGAAGAGCAGUUUCAGAAGAUGUGA